AUGGGAGUCCAACAUUACUGGCCACUUGUUUGUAUUGUAUUCAUAUCUAUUUUACAUUUCAUUUAUGCCCAUAAUGCACCAGAAGACUAUGUGAAGGCCCAUAAUGUGGCCCGAAAAGAGAUCGGUCUCCCGCCUAUGACAUGGAAUACUACUGUCGCCCAAUUUGCGGAACACUAUGCCAAUCAAAGGAAGCACGAUUGUGCCCUUAUACAUUCACAUAGCGAUAAAUAUGGUGAAAAUAUUGCUAUAGGUUGGGUCGAUUUCUCGGGUAAUGGCGAGUUCUCGGGUUUGGAUGCAGUAAAGCUGUGGGUCGAUGAGAAGCCUUAUUACAAUUAUGAGACAAACGCAUGCACACCUUCAAAGAUGUGUGGGCAUUAUACUCAAGUGGUUUGGAAAAAGUCGAUCCGCAUUGGGUGUGCGAGGGUUAAGUGCGCUAGUAAUGCGUUUUUUGUGACUUGCAAUUAUGAUCCCCCGGGAAACUAUAUUGGCGAGAAACCGUAUUAG